AUGGAUGGUUUGAUCUCAGGAUCUGAUUCGGAACUGCUGAAAUGGUUUGCACAAGCUGAGCUAAUACACAGCAGAUGGGCAAUGCUUGCUGUGUCUGGAAUUCUGAUUCCAGAAUGGCUAGAAAGUCUGGGGUUUAUUGAGAAGUUCUCUUGGUACGAUGCGGGAGCACAAGAAUACUUCGCAGAUUCCACAACUCUGUUUGUGGUGCAAUUGGGGCUAAUGGGUUGGGUUGAAGGACGGAGAUGGGCAGACAUAAUAAAACCAGGGUGCGUGGAUAUAGAACCGAGUUUUCCACAUAAGACGAAGCCAGAGGUCGAUGUUGGCUAUCCAGGCGGGCUUUGGUUCGGCCCUUUGAUGUGGGGUAGAGGGUCACCGGAGCCAGUGAUGGUUCUUAGGACUAAAGAGAUCAAGAAUGGUCGGCUUGCCAUGCUUGCAUUCAUUGGGUUUGUUUUUCAGGCAAUUUAUACAGGACAAGACCCUUUAGAGAAUCUUUCAGCUCAUAUUGUUGAUCCAGGACACUACAAUGUCUUCUCGGCUUUCACAUCGCACUAGUGCUUGCUCUGCAGUAAGGAAGGAGCGCCAAGAAUUUACAUGCCAACGAUGCUGUGUUUCUUCUUGUCUUCUUGAUUUUGUCCAUUUGCAAAUGUAAAUAUUAUUUGAAAAUGACCAUUCGGAUUAUUUGUUGGUCAAAUCUCGAUGUGCUCUUAAUGAAAAGAUACGAAAUUCAUG